UAAAUAAUUACCGCAAGCAAAUUAGAACAAAAUGACAACAAGACAGGGUUACAUACAUGUUAAUACCUUAACUGUUGGUUGUAAACCAGUACGUUGUUUAUACGUAAGAUGUUAAAAAAUUGUUUCUACGUAAAAACGUAAGACUUGGGCGUAAGGCGUGUCGCACUGUUGUGAGUUGGCCCAUGACUCACGUCAAUCAACAAUCUCAACGAAAGCGUCACCUAUUGCAAGCGCCCUACAUUCCAUAUAAGGUUGGUAUUUUAUACAAUAUGGAUGUCGGAGGCCGACCGCCGUGUGGCGUGUGCAACAACUGCUCAGCCUGCAGGCACUCAGUGCGUUGGCGGCUUCUCUCAGUGCAACAUGUUUAUGUUCAAUCCACCCACUAAGCUAAAACUUAACUCAGUUGAAGAGUUCCAAGAAGCAUUUCAGCUGUUUGACUCACGUGGAGAUGGCAAGAUACAUGUGGCACAAAUUGGAGAUGCUCUGAGGGCUCUGGGCCAAAACCCCACUGAAUCUGAUGUUAAAAAGUGCACAUUACACUUGAAGCCAGAUGAGAGGAUAUCAUUUGAAGUAUUCUUACCAAUAUAUCAGGCAAUAUCAAAAGCCCGUAGCGGUGAUACAGCUAAUGAUUUCAUUGAGGGUCUGCGGCACUUUGAUAAAGAUGGCAAUGGAUUCAUAUCAUCCGCUGAGCUUCGCCACCUGCUGUCAACAUUGGGUGAAAAACUGAGUGAUGAUGAAGUGGAACAGUUGCUGCAAGGCCAGGAGGAUUCGCAUGGCAACAUCAAUUAUGAGAACUUUGUGCACCUUAUCAUGCAAGGCUGAGCUCUUGUUAAAAUAAUUCUAUCGUAUUAAAAUAUGGAGUGACUAGUAUUUUUAACUGGUUUCAAAUACUCCUUACAAAUAUUUAAUUUUAUGGACCAAAUUAGUUUUAGUGUUUUUAUUAAACUUUAAACCAUUUCCAUUUAUUAUAAUAUUAUGUAUGGCAUUCUCUCUGUCAUCUAUGAUCUAAAAUUUAUUAUUUUCAGUUAAGGAUAUUCCAAAAUAUACUGCUUUAAUUCUAAGUGACAUAUAUUGUGUAUUGCGAUGUAUGUAAAUAUGUUGUAUACAUAAUAAAAUAAGUAUUAAUAUU